GGGGAGUGGUGCGCUGACUUGGCGGUCGGCACGCUGGUCCGGGUCUCCUACGCCGGGGAGACCAUGGACCACACGAGGGUCGUGCUGUGGCCCAGCCGCCGCAUGGACCAGAGGCGACGAGUCCGAGGGCGACACGCCUACUGGGUGCUCUCCGCGGACGGCGACGUCUGGGAGGAGGACCUGAGCGGGAGGAAUGCAGCGACUGGGCCGUCGGGCGGGUCGCUGCUGGACCAGGCGACGGGGAACCCGCCCGACGGCCGCCGCCUCUAUCGGUUCCGUGCGCGGCCCAGCCUGGACGAGGUUGUGGAGCUGGCGGCGGAGUGUCGGGCCACUAUGCUCAGACGUGGGCAGGCCGAGGCGGAGGGGCCGACGAGAGUGGUGCUGGCCGACGGGGCGGUGCGCCCCGGCUACGACUACUUCCCGUGGCUGGUGGCCCCGCGCCCGUGGGUGCUGACGGAGCCGCUCCCUGGCAUGCCCAUCGGGACCGUGGUGGAUCCGCUCCCGGUGGGGGCGCUGCGCGACGGGAGCCGGGCCCUCAGCCUGUUCCCGAGCUGCGGCCGCUGGGCGAGGCUCGAGCAGGUGGACGAGGGCCAGAUCGUCGAGUGGGCUGCCAAGAGGACGAAGGAGCUGCUGCUCGACCUCGGCGCGGAGCCCGACGCCAUGGGCGCCGCCGAGCCGGUCGGCGGGACUGAGACCCCUCCGCUGCGCGAGGCUCGCUCGUCUGGAGGCGACCGCCUAGGCGAGAAGCUGGGGCUGACCGCGGAGGAGCCCGCCGAGUCGGCCGCAGGGAAGGACGACGCCAGCGGCGACGCGCGCACGCUGUGGGUCGACUGGGACGAGCAGGGCGAACGCAGGAAGGAGUUCAAGCGGGCGGUGGCUGAGAGCUCGGAUGUGAAGUGGGACCAUCACAGGCUGCCCGCCGACCGCACCUGCCUCCACACGUGCAAGAUGAUGGUGAACUUGAGUGGGUCCCCGCGCGCAUGGCUGGAGCGCUUUCUCAGGGAAAAGGGGAUAGCUUCUACGGAUCGAGUUGCGCACGAACUCCGAGUGUUGUGCGACAUCCUGGAGGAAGCAGGCGAGUUUGACCAGAUCAAUCUCGGAGGACUGGCCUGCUUGGAAGUGGCCGCCCUCCGGCUGAACCUGCUGGUGGACGCGCACAAGAGCGGGCCGGCCUCGUACUCGAACGCGAAGUACCUCUCGCCGCUGACCGACGUGGACCAGUUGAUGGCUCCUGGCUUGCGGUCUCACGUGUCGAGGCGCGCCAAGGAGGAGUACGAGCUGAUGCAGGGCGACAGGAAGGCCGAGGCGGUUGCUGCUGGGUCGGCUGGCGCGCGGGUUCCGCCGCGCGAGGGGGCCGAUGACUCGGCCAAGGGUGGCAAGGGCGGCGGCGGGGGCGGCCGGGGUAACAAGACCCGGGCGCGAGCCCUCGCGCCGCCCGUGCAGGCAUCGCUCAGUGCGUUGCUCAAGGGGUGCUCGAUCUACGACACGUCGGGCUCCCCGAGGAACCUGGCCUCCUUCGUCCGCGAGCGCGUGUCCUUGCCCCCUUCGGUUGUCGGCUGCCUCCAGGUGGACGAUAUCGUGGGCGAGGCCGGCCGCACCUACCUGAAGGAGAAUCAAAAGCGUAUGAGGCGGCCGAUCGAGGAGAUCGAUUUUGACAGCUUGCCGACUCCCUAUUUUGACCCGCUGCUGAAGCGGAACAAGAAGAUGUACCACAACUUUUUGAAGGAUCUCUCGUCCCGCGGGCUCUUGCUCGCCACCUUGUCUCCCGCAGAGCAGGCUGGCCUGUUCUUCGUGAAGAAGGCCGACAGCGACAAGAUGCGCAUGAUCGUGGAUGCGCGCCGGGCGAACGCUUGGUUCGGCGUGCCCCCCAGCGUCCAGCUCCUGUCGUGCGAGGGGUUCGGCAGGGUGGAGGUGAAGCUCCCAGAGGGCGUCGCCUUCGGCUCGGCGCGGGGAGAGGAGCUGCUGAACGGCUUCAAGCUCUUCUUGGGCAUGACGGACGUCAAGGACUGCUUCUACAGGAUGCGCAUCCCGGUGAGCCUGGCGAAGUUCUUCUCGCUGCCCGCCGCCCCGGCUCACGUCCUGGGCCUGGAGGGGCACGAGCUGGAGGGGACGAGGCUGGGCUGCGACACCCUCGUCUUCCCCUGCAUCGGGGCUCUCCCCAUGGGAUUCUCUUGGUCCCUUUUCCUCGCCCAAGACGCGAACGAGGAGAGGGUCGUCCGGUCUGAUCCGUGGCCAGGGGGAGACAUGGCAGUCUCGGAGCGGGUCCUGAUGAGUGAUCGCGGACCGCCGCUCGUCGUGGAGGUUGAGCCCGGGCUGCACGGGGGUGCCUACGUGUACGUCGACAACAUGGGGGUGCUCGCCCCCUCGGAGGGCCUCGCCAAGAGCGCCCUCGAGAGCUGGACUGGUCUCUUCGAGGGGGUCGGCCUUGACUUGCACAAGAGCUCGGUGGGCUCGGGCGCGUGCGAGGCGCUCGGGACCAAGCUUGACCUCGAGCUGAUGAGGUCGGGCGUGAGCGACGGACGGUUCUGGAAGGUGUACCUGGGACUGGGGGGCCUGCUAGCCCGCGGCCGAGCGACAGGGCGCGCCUUGGAGGUGGUGCUGGGCCACUGCACCUUCUGCGGGCUGGCCCUCCGAGGGUCUCUGAGUUGCUGGCACGCCUCGUACCGCUUCAUCCAGCGGCACUACCUGGAGCCCGCCCGGCUGUGGGCAGAAGUCGUGAAGGAGAUCAGGAUGUUCCGCGGGCUGCUCACCCUGAUGGUUCAGGACUGGUGGCGGCCAUGGAACUGCUGCGUGCUCCAGACCGACGCGAGCGAGAGCGGCUGGGGCAUGGCGCAGUCGUUCUGGCCGCAGCACGUGGUGGAGCAGGUUGGCCGGCUGCCUGAGCGAGCCCGUUUUCGUUCGGCGCUGGGCAGACCGGCGCGAGAGAGCGCGCUCGCUGCCGCCAACCUUGCUCGGGACAGCUCGGGCGCCCUGUGCAGUUUUGAGGACAUGAAGAAUCCUGACUCUCUUGCGUCUGACCCCCUGUCCUCGUGGGAGCUCGACCCCGGGUUCGCUGAAGUGCCCUGGCAGUGGCUCCGAAAGGGGGCCUGGGAGACCGUCCGGUCCGGGGUCUGGCGUUUUGCUGAGGACAUCCUGAUCCUUGAAGCCAGGGCCCUCGUAAAAUCGAUCCAGCGGCUGGCAAAGACCGCGCACGGGAGGGCCAGCCAGGCUGGACGGCAUCUCUCGGCCCUCGACGAGAGGGACGCGAACGGGCUGGACCUCGCUGGAGACGCCGGGGAGGACGCCGAGGGCGACAGCAGCUCCAGCGGCUCCGACUCGGUGGUGGAGCAGCUGGGGCGGACUCGGGCCCGAAUGCGGCAGCUGCGCGCGCGGAGGGCGCACCGGCGGGCGAAGCUGUACGCCGAUGCUAUCCUGGCGGCGCAGGGCGAGGGCGUGAGCCUCCUGGAGACCUUGGCGGUGACCCAGGCGACGCAGGUGAGGUACCAGCGAUAUCUCGAUCGUUUCUACUCUCAUGCCGGCCUGAGCCGGAGGGAGAUCCUGGCGAAGCCGGACACGGAGAUCGACGAGCUCAUGUGCAAUUACAUGACCGAGAAAUACUUGCAGGGCGAGCAGAGCAACUACGGAGACCAGACGGUCGCGGCCUGGGUCAGCGCGAACCCGGACUUCGGGCGCGUGGGAGGUCGCAAGCUGCCGCGGACCUGGCGGGCGCUGAAGGCCUGGCGCAGGCUGACUCCGGGCAGGCGGCGGAAGGCCCUUGCCCUUCCAGUCUGGUGCGGGCUGGCCUGGAGGCUGGCGCAGCGAGGACACCUACGCCUGGGCAUCUUCUUGAUGAUAGGCGUAUCGAUCUAUGGUCGGCCCUCGACUUUGCUGGCCGCCCGGCGAUGCGACCUUGUGCCUCCGUCCCCUGGUGUCAGCCGGCACUGGGCUCUGUUGACCCACCCGCUGGAGCGGAAGAGGCCGAGCAAGCGUGGGCACUUCGACGAGGGCUGCCCCCUGGACUCGCCGUACCUCCAGGGCUUAGACGAGGUGUUCGGGCGGCUGGCCUCGACGACGUCGAAGGAGCCGCUGUGGAACUUCAGCUACCCCGAGGCAGCGACGCUGCUCAAGGAGGCGGCAGAGGACCUCGGGGUGGCCCCAGUGACAUUGUACCAGAUGAGACACUCGGGCGCCAGCAUCGACCUGGCGAAGGGCUGGCGCAGUCUGACCUCGGCUCAGCGACGCGGGGAGUGGACGCAGGCGAAGUCAAUGCACCGCUACGAGCACAGCAGCAGGCUCGGCAGCGACUAUGCAAAGCUCGACCCCCGGCUGCGCGCGACGUGCGAGGAGGCAGAGAGGCAGCUGGCGCUCAUCCUGACGGACCGUCCCCACAACGUGCAGAUGUGGCGCAAGUGA